AAAACGAAAAUUCCUAUGGGAGCCUGCCGUGACAUUUCCUAAAUAAACAUGGCGGCUUCCAAUGUCCGUGGUGUUUCUCGAGUUUUAGAAAAGCUAGAAAAUUCCGUCAAAAAUGGAAACUAUUACGAGGCCCAUCAGAUGUACAGGACUUUAUAUUUUAGGUACUUGGCCCAGAAUAAAUAUAAAGAAGCUCUAGACAUGCUCUACAACGGUUCCCUUUUAUUCCUAGAACACGAUCAGCUAAUCAGCGGUGCAGAUUUAGCAAUACUAUUAGUGGAUGUUCUAGUCAAGUCUGAGGAGAAAGAUUAUGACGGAUGGACUCCAAAGUUGUGCAAAAUCUUUUCAAAUAUUAGUACUACAACUCCUGAACGGGAGACGUUUCUAGCACAGGCUUUAAGGUGGUCUUCUAAUCAUAGAAGUUUUGGACACCCUUUCCUACACCAAUGCAUAGCGCAAGUUUAUUGGAACGAGAAAAAUUAUUUCCAAGCUCGCCACCAUUACAUCUAUUCUAAAGAUGGCCAAGGCUGUGCGAAAUUAUUAAUUGAGUUUCAAAGUACACAGGGCUUUCAGUGUGAAGCAGAUUUGUUUAUUGCACAAGCAGUGUUCCAGUAUUUAUGCCUAAGUAAUAAAAUCACAGCUUAUCAGACUUUCACAAGCUAUACUGAACAGCAUCCUCGGAUAAAACGAUCAGGGCCCCCAUAUCUACUGCCUCUACUCAAUUUCAUCUUCUUUUUAUUACAGGCCAUUGAAAGUCGAAAACUACCCACUUUUGUAGUACUAUGUGAACAAUAUGAGCCGUCCAUAAAGAGGGAUCCUUGUUACGUGGGGUAUUUGGACAAAAUAGGUCAAAUAUUCUUCGGUCUCAAGCCUCCGCAACAAAAACAGGGCGGCCUCUUUGGGAAUUUUUUCGAAUCGUUUUUGAGGGGUUUGGACGAUAGUGACGAUGAGGCACCUCAAGCCUCCACGUCAAAACCUCCAGAAAUGUUGCACACUGAACUAGACUAGUAAUGGGUUUUAAAUUGUUUUUCUGGGGAUUUUUUAUAUGAUGAAUCACGUGUUGUAAUUAUUCAGUAAGUUAUUUAAAUUAUAUUGUAGAUUAUCGGAUUACAUACUUACAAUCAAAUUGUAUUGUUUAACUUUUUAAGUUUUUACAACAUUUAAAAAAUCACUUUGUAAAUGGAUAUAUUAUUAUAUGCUAUAAUUAUUAUGUAAUACAAUUAAUUGCGGAACUUUGUGAAGUAGGAUGUCUUGAAAAAACUUCAGGCUUAUUUUCCUUUCAGACUGAUGAAUUGUGUGUUUUUUUUAAGAUAUCUCUUUGUCAUUGUUAUCCAUGAUAUAUUCCUUUUUAAAUUUUAUUUAAAUGCUUGUAAAAUAAAUUUUAUCAGUUACUUUUUGA